AUGGUUGAGUCUCAUAAUAAUUGCCACGGUCAUAAUCAUGGAACUAUUGACUUAGAAGGAUUAGAUGACCACUACAAUAUAAAUGGAUAAUAGUUACCUCAAACAUGUGAUGUAAAAGAGUAAUUGAUUUUGAAGAUGUAAUAACUAGAUAUGAAGAUAUUCCAGUUAAUAAAAUCAAAUAAGGAAAUAAUGAAAGAGCUUGCUGAUGAUCCUGAGAUGCCUGAAUAUAUAUAAGAAAAUGAAGGAAUAAUAAUAAAGAGUAAAGAUGAUUUGAUUUUGAUACUAAAUGCUUUUAUUAAGUCUGGAAUAGAUUUAGAUAAAGAAGUUUUACCAUAAUUAGAGCAUAAAAAUCUUUGGUUAAAUGAUGAUAAGCUAAAUUGCAAUACCAAUGGUCUUAAUAUUAAUCAAAAUUAGGAGAAUAAUGAGAAGUCUGAUGUCCAGGAUUAAUAUGUAUAGAAUCAAAAUACAAGUUAAUCAGAUGAUUUAAAUGUCCAAAACAAUGAAGUUAGAAAUAAUGUAAUUGAUGAGGAUGGUUAGGUAUAUUUAUGA